GAGAGGACCUCUCGGAUGUCUCUCCCUGAGUGGACGGGCCGCAGUGCACCUGAGAAGGGCUGAGGAGCCAACUGCAAGGCGUAUCCCUGCAGGCUCAGCGCAUGACCCAGGCCCAAUCUACACCUAGAUUCUGAAUACACCAGCCUUGGACUGGACUGAUGGGGCUCAGGAUCGCCCAGGACUUUAGGAAGAAGCAAAAGCUUAGAACACCACAGUGGGCACAGGAAUUGCAGCUGCUGAAUGCUUCUCCCUAUGGCUGCAGACCUGGAGCCUUUAUAAAGUGAGCAAGCACACCGUCCUGUCCAGUCUCAGCUGGGAAGGCAGCCAGCCAUGAGGGUCUACUACCUUCUCUUUGAGUUCGUCUUCUUGUUCUUGCUGCCUGUUCCAGGCAAUGGCGGAAUCAUAAGCUGGUUACAAAGGUAUUACUGUAAAAGAAGAAGUGGCCGGUGUGCUCUGAUCGGCUGCCUUCCAAGGGAGGAACAGAUAGGCCACUGUUCCCUGAGUGGCCGAAUAUGCUGCCGGAAGAAGAAAUCAAAAGUCCAGAAACACGAGGAGAAUGUUACAUAGUGUGAAAAUGCCUCCUUGAAGACUCCAGAAGCCAA